UCGAAGUUUCCACGUGCGCGCUCUUUGCUCUCAUUCCGUCUCCACCCUAUCCGGUUCCGGACCCGGUGUAGCGCGGCCGGAAGCGUAGGCCCCUGGAGCCGGAGGGAGCCGCCAUCAUGGGCGACAAAAUGGAUAUGUCUUUGGACGAUAUUAUCAAGCUGAACCGGAGCCAACGUGGCGGAGGUGGCCGAGGUGGCGGCGGUCGAGGCCGGGGAAGAGGCGCCUCUGGUCGCGGUGGCGCCGGCCGAGGUGGUGCCGGGCGGGCAGGAGGAGGCGGACCCCUGCGGAACAGGGCCGCCCUCACCCGGGGAGGCGGCAGAAACAGGCCUGCGCCUUACAGUCGGCCUAAGCAACUCCCUGAGAAGUGGCAACAUGAUUUGUUUGAAUGUGGCUUUGGUGCUGGCGCUGGUGUAGAGACAGGAGGGAAGCUGCUUGUCUCUAAUUUGGAUUUUGGUGUGUCGGAUGCAGAUAUACAGGAGCUUUUUGCGGAAUUCGGGACAUUGAAGAAGGCAGCAGUGCACUAUGAUCGUUCUGGUCGUAGUCUAGGUACAGCAGAUGUACAUUUUGAGAGAAAAGCAGAUGCUCUGAAAGCUAUGAAACAGUACAAUGGAGUCCCCCUGGAUGGACGUCCCAUGAACAUCCAGCUGGUUACAUCACAAAUCGAUACACAGAGGAGACCAAUACAGAGCGUAAACAGAGGAGGUAUGACAAGAAACCGUGGUGGCAACAGACGAGGUAGCCGUGGCAACAGAGGCAGAGGCAGAGGUGCUGGCAGGAGUUCCAAGCAGCAGCUCUCUGCAGAAGAAUUGGAUGCACAGUUGGAUGCUUAUAAUGCCAGAAUGGAUACCAGUUAAACCAGUUGGCGCGUUUUGUGCAUGGAAAGGACUGCAGACAUCUCAUUCCAUGCUCCCCAGGGGGAGGGGAAGGGUGUAUGGCGGCUAUUAAUAUCAAGGAUGGGAUUUGUUUUACUUUUAAGUUUUUGGAAUAGGUUUUAAACUCAUGUAAAGGUUUCUUUCUUUUUUUUUAAAUUCUGAAACAGAUCUGUUUUGUACCGAGUUAUUUUUGGGAAAAAUUUAACUGGUUGCCUGUUGGGCCUUGGUGGCUUUUUCACCUUGGCAGUAAUAAAAUAGAAAUGUGUCUAGAGCUGUAAAUGUCUGCUUCCUGUUGCAGCUGGAGCCUAGCGUUGGGGCUGCAGCCAAUAUGUGUUAGGGAAGCAGGUAUCUGCCUGCAGGCCCCCUAGCAACAGAGUUGGUGCUGAGUUGCCCUUCCCAUGAGGAGGGAUUCUGCUCUCUCUCAGGUCUCUCUCCUCCACUGUGUCCCAGUAGGGGCUUGUGAACUUGUGCAUCCCCCUAUCUCCUUUGUGCCGACUCUUCUCUUUUUGUCUGUGCUAAAGCCAGCCAGUGUGACUACUUUUUGCAGGGAAGUGGUGUUGGGGUUCUGCAGUAAAAUAGCUCCACCCUCUGUUAUGGAGAGGGAAUUAAUUUCUUGUUGAAUUCAUUUUUGUAUUUAAAACUUGAUCCCAAAGUUCAGUGCUGGUCCCACUUCAGUAUUUUUACUGUACAAUAGUUGCUGUGAAUUCAGUGACUCCAACAUGCCAAGUAAAGAUUUAGUCUUUCAACUUGCAAUUCCAUAAUGAAUUCCUUUUUUGAAGUAAA